UAGCCUAUCCCGGCAGCUGUGGGGGCCAGCGGUUCUUUUUUUGGGGAGGGGGGCGAGGGGGGGGAAGCAUGUCAUUCAAGCGGGAGGGCGACGACUCCAGCCAGCUGCAGGUGCUCAAGAAACGGAGAGUGGCGGAGCUCCUGGCCAAUUACAUCCCCGAGGACGAAGCUUUGCUCCUGCGGGAUGGCAGAUAUUCCUGCACCGUCUGCUUCCAAAGGCCGGUUUUCGACACUCUGGACAUGCUCACGGUCCACCGUUCGGGAAAGAAACACUUAGCCAGUUUGCAAAAGUUUUACGGGAAGAAACGGUCUCUGGAUGCUGAAGCUCAGAAGCGGUGUCACCAGGCGUACCUGGACGCAGAGGAAAAGGGAGCCCAGGUGGCUCAGGAACCAGCCCCGUUGCUUGCCCAAACGCGCAGGAUUACCCAGAAUGCCUUGCUGAAAACCGUGCCUUACAGCAGCUGCUGCCGGCCCAAAAGGAACGAGGCUGGUGCCAGUACUUGGGGGGCGAGUGCCGGCAUCGCAGCAGCCGAGACCCCCGGGAUGCCCAAGCCUUCCGGUUCGGACUCGAUGGACGGAGAGCAGCAGGUCGAAGAGGACGCGAGCCCCUCUGCCCGUUUGUCCGGCUGCAGACCCCCAACAGCAGAGACUCGCAAGAAGAAAUUUCCCCGUCAAGGAAAAGGGCGAACUACCCGGAAAUCGUCCGAGCCCAGCGAUCCGGAGAAGCGACGCACCUUGGAACAUUACCUGAAUCUGAAAAGUUCGGGGUGGGUUCCAGAUGGGUCAGGCAAAUGGGUCAAAGAUGAGAAUGUGGAGUUCGAUUCGGACGAGGAGGAGCCCCCGGAGCUCCCCCCACCCUGAUGGCGGACGGAAAAAUCCCCCCCCCUUUCCCCCCACACACUGGGCCUCGGAAGUGUGCGAGGAACACCCAGGAAUCUGGAAUUAAAGGGCGCAACCAUCAGAAAGUGGACUUUUGGAUGGACGCUGUUGACUUUCGGGCAUUGAAAGCAACAUCCUUUUGCCACUUUUGGCUUUUGGGAGUUUCGGUUUUUGGCGUUUAUUCCUCUUCGGCUUCCCUGAGUGCCUUUCCGACAACUUUCUAAGCCCGUUGGAAAAUUUCCCAAGCCGUUUCUGAGCGAGGCGGCGGCUGGAGAGAGAGAAAAAGCCCCCUUAAAAAAAAGACAUCUUUAUAAAGUAAAUAAAAGCGGAAUUUAGGGGGACAGCCGGACGGAUAAACAGCUGGGCUUCUCCCCCCAGAAAA